GUCCCGCGUCAAAUCACAAGAACAAAUGACCUCAUUAAUAAUGCAGAACGCUUCCAUUCGCAGAAGAUUUCUUACGAUAACGGGUGACGGAGGCUUAGAAAAUGGCGGAUUUCCUCAUCACCACGAUUCUAAGCAAAGAAUCGUCUCAAGAGUGUUCCUGCUGUUAAGAGGACAAAAGGGUCAUGAAGCAGCUUGUUCUAAUCUUCUACUUUUUCUGUCAAGGAAUAUUAUCUCUAUCAAACCCUCAAUCAAGGAAACAACUGUACCCUGAUGAGAGGAGGCGAAUCCAUAAGCGCCAAGUGCAAUCCGUCUACUCCGGUUCGACUGCUUUCAGACCAGGUUUUCGGAUGCAGUUCCUGCAAAACAACAACCUCUCCCCUGGGUUCAGUAACUACAUCGGUCUCCAACCAAGCGUAGAAAAGGCACAAGAAGAGGCCCAAACGGAGGACUUUAUGAGAGAGAAAAUACGAGAGUACUACGCCCUCAGAACAGGAGAAGCGAAAAAGCGAUGGAUGUAUAAGCCGUCUAAAGGAACCUCCAAACACAUCCGCGAGAUUUUCUUAGGGAGAUGUUGGUAUUUUGUGCAGCAGAAAGACUCGGGAUUGGUUAACCCAGAAAGUGUCAAUUGCAAUGAAUUAUGGGAAGCCUUCUCAAAAGCGUUUGCAUAUAAAAAGCCUUGUAACGUAACAGAAGAAGACUACCGCCCAUUCUUCGAGCUUUACAGGGAGGCUCCAAUAUACAACAAGGUGAUGCUGUGGUCAGGCACCAAAGACUGGGCGCAUGCGUACACGCACCUUUUCAAGCGCUACGUCACACUUGACGACACCCUUGCGGGAUACACUCUAAAUCAUGUCAACUGGUGCGGUAGCGAAGAGUGGCCUGGAAUAGACUUCAAGUCCUGCCCUUACGAGUGCUCCAAGCAAAUGGCAUUUUGGGGAAAUGCUGCAAAAAAUCUAGCCUCCCGCGCGCGCGGGGUGGUUCACAUCCUGUUGAACGGCACCCGACAGCACUUCAUUGACAGACAGAUCUUUCCUGCUUUUAUGGACGACAGCUUCCUUGCGCUGAACCAACUACCGAAUCUCUCUCCUCGUGACGUCACUGAGGUGAAGAUCCUGGUUGGCCACACCCUUCACCACAAGAAACUUGAGCGCUGCAAUACGCUGUCAAUCAAAGAACUUCAGAACCAAUCAACAGCGCGCGGUUUGAAGACUUCAUGCUACGAUGACCCAUUCGUCAUUCGCCAUCUCUUGUGCGCGGAUCAACCACUUGACCCGCUCUGUUUGUUCAAGACUAUUCCACAAGCAGACAAGUAGACUACUCACGCCUCCUCCUCCGCGCAUCUCCGAGAGACAAAUUGACACGCCUCUUCCUCCGCGCAUCUUAGAGACAAAUAGACUACUCACGCCUUAUCCUCCGCGCAUCUCCAAAAGACAAAUAGACUACUCACGCCUUAUCCUUCGCGCUUCCCCGGGAGACAAAUAGACUACUCACGCAUUAUCCUCCGCGCAUCUCCGGGAGACAAAUAGACUACUCACUUCUUAUCCUUCGCGCAUCUCCGGGAGACAAAUAGACUACUCACGCCUUAUCCUCCGCGCAUCUCCGAGUGACAAAUAGACUACUCAAACCUUAUCCUCCGCGCAUCUCCGAGUGACAAAUAGACUACUCACGCCUUAUCCUCCGCGCAUCUCCGGGAGACAAAUAGACUACUCACGCCUUAUCCUUCGCGCUUCUCCGAGAGACAAAUAGACUGCUCACGCCUUAUCCUCCGCGCAUCUCCGGGAGACAAAUAGACUACUCACGCCUUAUCCUUUGCGCAUAUCCGAGAGACAAAUAGACUGCUCACGCCUUAUCCUCCGCGCAUCUCCGGGAGACAAAUAGACUACUCACGCCUUAUCCUUCGCGCAUCUCCGAGAGACAAAUAGACUACUCACGCCUCAUUCUCCGCGCAUCUCCGAGAGACAAAUAGACUACUCACGCCUUAUCCUUCGUGCAUCUCCGAAAGACAAAUGACUACUCACGCCUUAUCCUUCGCGCAUCUCCGAGAGAAAAAUAGACUACUCACGCCUUAUCCUCCGCGCAUCUCAGGGAGAUGGUACAUUUUAGCGAGAGGCGACUACCAGGAAGCUCACGGAACCGGCUCAUGUUUGAAUUAUUUUAAGUAAUGGCGAGAAACAAGCAACAAAGUUAAAGCUCGUAUUUAAAGUAUUAAUGGCAUCAAAAGACUGGUAUUCGCCCCCGACGCUAAUCAUUGGCUUCCUGGAUUACCGGGAAAUCCUCUUCUUAUAAAGUUAGUUAAUUUCCCUAUAAGAGGCAUAAAACAAUGAAAAUGGCACUGUUUUGUUUGACAAUGAUCUUUUUAAGUCUAUCUAGCUCGUAUUUAAAGUAUUAAUGGCAUCGAAAGACUGGUAUUCGCCCCCGACGCUAAUCAUUGGCUUCCUGAUUACCGGGAAAUCCUCUUCUUAUAAAGUUAGUUAAUUUCCCUAUAAGAGACAUAAAACAAUGAAAAUGGCAGUGAUUUUUUGACAAUGAUCUUUAUUCAAGUCUAUUUAAGUAUUAAGGAUUACUUGCAUUGUCAUAACACUUUCUUAACGCUAACUUUGUGUAUAUCGCCUUAAUACAGCAUAGAAGUGCAUUAGCCAUUACCUGUCAGCCAUCUAAGUUGAGAAUCAAGUGACGAGCUGUCAGUUACGCGGGUCCGGUUUGCUCUCAAUUACCAGAACUCUUUUUGUUAUUGACAGCUCUUAUAAACCGAUUCACAACUUUUUUUAUUUGAUUUACAAGUCGUUGUGUGCUUCAAGAAAUAAGUUGAAUCCAAUGUUACUCUAAGCCAUCUUAUAAAUAUUCAUGUUAUGGUAAACAUCAUCUAAUAAUUGAAAAACCUGCACCACUAGAUACCGAAUUUAUUACAAAAUGUUCUAAUAUAAACUUUUGCCAUGCAGAACUAUGAAUUCAGCAGCCUAGAUUACACGAGUGAUUAUAUAGAAACAGCACAUUAAAUAUAAUAUAUAGAUA